AUGGCCCAGUGGCCGGCUCACCCUGGUAAAUCAGCCAAGGCACCCUGGGUCGAGGCCUUUGCUCAGCAGGCUCGAGCCCUGGUCACGAAACUGCUGGAUAGCCGAUUCCAUGACGCAGUCGCCGGUGAUUUCGGCAGGCAGACCAGGGCACCCGGCACAAAUGGCGCGGAGGCAGGCGAGCACGGCUCGGCCACCUCUUCUUCCAUGACUCCCGGGGCCCGGGGGGUAUUUGGCUGGGCCAAGCAGGUGCCGAGCAACCCACCCUCCCCUUCUGACCAUCACCUUCCUCCCUCCUCCUCCUCCUCCUCCCCCCCCGGCUGCACGCCCCCGCAAUGA